AUGAAAUACGACUUUACAAAACCCAGCACUAGUGAUCUACCAUCUGCUAUCGACAUAGCUGGCGCGCAUGUAGUAACAGGCAACAUGCAGUCACCUGGUACCAAAGCUAAGAGCGAGUACUCCAACUUCAUACGCUACGUCGAAAAGUACAAUAGCAACUCAGUUGUUGCGGACGCGCCAGAGAUCUGUCCAGAAAUAAACUUUGGUCCAUCAGUAAAGAACAAACGCUCACACUCGAACGAUUAUUCACCACACUCCGUUCAGAAGAUCUUCAGAAGCUCCUUACCGGUUGGCGAAAGGACACCGGAGAACUCUUCUCGGUUGUUUGCACCCCCAAUGCGAACCAAAUCCGGCAAUAUCGAUUACGAGAACUUUUGUGAUGACAAUUUCUUCCCACUGUACUCAUUCGAAGUAAAGCCGACGUCUGCAACACCGUAUGCUACACAUCACAUCGACACGGGCGGGCAUCCUCCAAUUGCUUUGCCGCCAUACCGCCUAUUACCACAACGUAAAGAUCUGUUGAAGUUAGAGCUCGAUAAAAUGCUCAAUACGGGAGUUAUCGUGGAAUGCGAAUCACCAUGGGCAGCUCCCGUAGUAAUAGUACCAAAGAAGUCAGGCGGCAUACGGAUUUGCGUCGACUAUAGAGAGUUGAAUGCGAUCACCAAACCAGAUCGGUACCCGCUGCCGCGAAUUGACGACUUGUUGCAUGAAGCCAAGGACACAAACUUCAUGUCCACUUUGGAUUUGCAAUCCGGGUAUUGGCAAGUCGGGAUGAAGGACGAAGAUCAGGACAAAACAGCGUUUGUUACCCCGUUCGGCAUGUACAUAUUCACGCGUAUGCCAUUCGGCUUGCGAAACGCGCCAGCAACGUUUCAGCGCCUAAUAGAUCGACUUAAAGUCUCUUUAGGAAAAAUAGUUUUAGUUGCAUAUUUGGACGAUAUAAUUUUAUGUUCGAAAAAUUUUAAAGAACACCUAGAGGAACUGAGCCGGCUAUUCGAGCGCUUACAAAAAUUUGGUCUCAAGGUAAACAAAGAAAAAUGUCGCUUUGCUUGCCAUGAAGUAAAAUAUUUGGGGCACAUAUUGACUCCAGAUGGCAUCAAGGUUGAUCCAAGCAAGGUUACUGCAAUAACAAUGCGUAAAUCCCCAAGAAACGUCAAGGAGUUGCUGUCCUUUCUCCAAGCGUGUUCCUGGUAUAGACGGUUUGUGCCUCUAUUCGCAGACGUCGCCAAACCGCUUUCGCAGCUGACGAAGAAGAACGCCAAAUGGACUUGGACUGACCAGCAGCAGACGGCCUUCGAUAAGAUGAAACGGCUUUUAACAACUUCGCCUAUACUAAAACAAGCUGACGAGAACUUGCCAUUUAUUCUCAAAACCGAUGCUAGUGGCUAUGCUCUAGGGGCAGUCCUGAUCCAGGGGGAGGGACCAGAUGAACAUCCUAUAGAGUACGCAAGAGCCAAGGAUAUACGUGAAGGUCAGCUUAGUGAUCCCGAUCUUCAAACCAUUAUCGACUGCUUCGAAAAUAGAUCGGAUGAUGCGGCACAUUGGUCCAAAAGAGGUUAUACACUCAACGAUGGGGUACUCUACUGUUACAACGACGAAGACAGCGAAGAUGCGCAACUGGUCGUUCCUAAAUCAGAGCGUCCAGCCAUAUUGGACCAUUAUCACAAUAAAGACACAGCAGGUCAUUACGGAAUCGACCGAACAUCAUACAAAAUAACGUCACGGUAUUAUUGGCCCGGGAUACGGAAAGAUAUCGAGAAGCACGUCCAUAAUUGUACUGAUUGCCAGCGAUACAAAGCAACAAACUUGAAGCCAAUGGGCUUGUACCAAACGAUUUCAAGCAAGCAACGCUUCGAAAUCAUAGCCAUCGAUCUGUUUGGGCCACUGCCACCAGAUGCCAAUGGGAUGCAGUGGAUAUAUAUUGUUGAGGACGUAGCAAGUCGAUGGGUGGAGCUCUUCGCGUUAAUGGAGGCUACUGCGGAAAAUUGUGGGAAAACCCUGAUAGAUGAGGUAUUCCUGCGUUACGGAGUCCCAAGACGAAUUAUCAGUGACAAUGGAGUGCAGUUUGUAUCCGCAGUGAUGCAGAAGGUUGUAUUCUGCCUUGAAAUAAGUCAGGUGUUCACACCGGUAUAUCAUCCCCAGGCGAAUCCGGUGGAGCGAAAGAAUCGAGACAUGAAGGCACAGUUGGCGAUAUUGGUCGGUAAGCAGCAUCGCACUUGGGCAGAAAAGCUCCCCGCCAUACGAUUCGCUAUGAAUACCACUCGCUGCCAAAGCACUGGGUAUUCUGCAGCGUUUCUUACAUUCGGGCGUGAACCAAGAACUAUAGACGAUGUCCAGCAUGAUUUAAGGUCAAUCAUUCAGUCGGAGAACUUUGUUGCCGAAAUCACACCAUACUUAGCCACGCUCACUGAAGUGUUCCAAGCUGCUCGCGAAUGUGAACGGAAGCAGCAAGAUGCUAACAAGCGUGCUUCUAACCUACGACGGCGUGAUCAGGAAGAUUUGGAAAUUGGCUCUAAGGUUCUGGUCACCACACAUGUUCUAAGCAAUGCUACCAAGGGUGUAACGUCCAAAUUCGCACCACGACGAGACGGGCCUUACGUUAUCAUCGGUAAACAGGGUUCUACUUCCUACGUGAUUGCUCACGAGGACAACCUGCAACAUCCUUUGGGAACAUAUCAUGCAUCUUCACUAGUACCAUAUCGCAGUUCCAGUGACGAAUACGAAGGUCCCAUUAACAUGAUACGGCGUAGAGGACGACCCCGAAAGACCACAUAG